AAUUAGGUCCUGGCAGGCUCAUCAAUGGCAGACGGCUUUGAUCUGUCUCCGGGGCUCGCGCCGGAACCGGCAAGUCACUGUCACUGACCGCCAACUGACCGCGAACGUUCAGAUGCCCGACUCAAUCGGGACCCGGGUUCAUGGUCCUGGUGUCAACCUGGUGUCUCCAAGACUCCUACUGUCUCGACGUCGGAAAUCAUCCACUUUGACGUGACUCAUUUCCGCAUCAACACCUCCGCCUUUGACGCCUCUUGGUCUUCCUGGAACUUUGGACGUCACGCGAAGUCAAAGGGAACCACGGUUCCACAAUGGCUUUAUUGACGGAACAAGACGGAAGUAUUCAAUCUCUGAACAACGUGACAUCAUGCGUUAUCGACGACAGCCAAAGUGUGGAACCUGUGCACCAGGAUAUAAGCACGAUUCCUCGAGGCACCCUCGCGUCCGCAUCAUCACCCACUUUUUAUCCUUACAUCUUCUUCCCAACUUUAACCUUGAAUCGCCCGUUACGCCCUUUUACGAACCCGCACGACGAAUCUCUGGUUUAGCAUCAGUACCUCUCAGGAAGCAAGCUCGACUACAAGGCUCAUCAUGGGAUCCAAGAUGACCGAGUACACCGACCAUCUCACCGGCUCCCCUACCUCAGACACGUUCAGCAGCAACAACAACAUGCAAAGUUUUUACGUUCGGGUCGACAACGCCGAGGGACGCCCCAACGUCGUUGCGGACGGCGAAGUCGACGUUGACGGCCUGAACCUCGACGACUCGAUGACCCUCGGUGGAGGGUCUGAUCACCCAUUCGACGAGAUCAUCCCACCGUACCACGAUAGAGCGCACCGCACUGUUGUGCUGUGCUUCGACGGGACGGGAGACCAGUUUGAUUCGGAUAACUCGAACAUUGUACAGUUCUUUUCAAUGUUAAAGAAGGACGAUAGAACCGAGCAGCUUGUAUACUACCAGGCUGGUAUCGGGACGUACACGAUCCCUCAAAUCGCAACGCCAUGGAUGGCGAACUUGGACAAGACAAUCGACAUGAUGGUUGGCUCGCAUUUGAACGCGCAUGUUAUGGAUGGAUACAAAUUCCUCAUGCGUAAUUACCAAGCGGGGGACAAGAUUUGUUUGUUCGGCUUCUCGAGGGGCGCAUAUACCGCUCGCGCGUUGGCUGGAAUGAUUCACAAGGUUGGCCUACUUCCAGUCGACAAUGAACAGCAAAUUCCAUUCGCAUACCACAUGUACUGCCAAGACGACGAGGAUGGCUGGCGAAUGAGUCGUGCGUUCAAGAAGGCAUUUUCAAUCAACGUAGACAUUGAGUUCAUCGGCGUGUGGGACACAGUGGACUCGGUUGGAAUCGUGCCACGGAGGCUACCAUUUACGAAGUCGAGCGAUAAUAUCAAGUUCUUCCGCCAUGCAAUUUCACUGGACGAGCACCGAGUUCGUUUCAAGCCUAGCCACUGGAAACAUCCCGAGUCGCACGAGCACCACCUUGGCGUGAAGAAGCACGAGAUGCCGCGCAGCAAGAAAAAGGAGCAAGGGCAAGCGAAGCGACAGCCCACGAAGAUCUUGAAGGAGGACGUCACACUCGAGAAGGAUCCCCGAACCGACGAGGUAAAAGCGGUGCGAAGGCCAAGACUAGAGGAUUUCGAGCACCGUUUCUCAACACACGAGUUCGAGACGGAUGUCGAGGAGGUUUGGUUUUCGGGUUGUCAUUGCGAUGUCGGCGGAGGCUCCGUCAAAAACGGAACGCGCAACUCACUUGCGCGCAUCCCACUUCGGUGGAUGCUUCGUGAGAUCUUCAAGGCCAACGUCGGCAUCCAGUUCCACAAAGACAUGUUCCUCAAAGUCGGGAUGGACCCCGAUACUCUGUACCCGUUCGUCAAGCCGCGCCCGCCGCCCUUAUUCCAGAAUCCCAUACCCGCGGGGCCGGAGCAUAUGCACGAGCUUGACUUAAGACGAGACGCGAUCAGAAGAAGGAGGAAGACGGCAGACGUGCAUCUGGUGCCGAUCGCGGCUCCACACGUCGUUGACGAUGAUCCCACGGUGAUCGUGUAUAGCGACGCCGGCGGAUUCGUCAGCGAAGAGGAGGAAGACUUGGCGGACGCGCUGAGCCCGAUGUAUGACCAACUUGCGGUGGCUCCUCACUGGUGGUUCCUCGAGAUGAUCCCCCAGAGGAGACACUAUAUGCAUGAUAAGGGUGCUGGAUUCUUUGAGCAGUAUGCUGUGAACAUGGGUUCUGGGCGAAACGUGCCAGAGCAGUUCGACAAAGGGGUCAGGUUCCAUCGGAGUGUGUUGCUGAGGAUGGAAUCGGAGGGCUUGGAGGGAGGGAAGUACUGGCCGAAGGCAAGAUUUGCGGUGAAGCCCACGUGGGUCGACUGA